AUGCAAAUUUAUAGAACGUUGGAAACCCUGGAACGACCUGUAAGCACGUGGGAUGAUUUUCUAGUUUUUAUUACUGUCCAACGCCUAGAUGCAGAAACGUUACCAGACUUAUCUCUUCAAGCCUUUGAGAAAUCUCGCACGGGCAAACUUACUUCUAAUGCACCUCAAAAUCCGGUUAAGGCACAUUAUAAUGGAAAAUCAAGGGAUGUUGCUCCUCAUAAUUCGAAGGCCUGCCUUCUCUGUUCAGAUAACCAUUAUAUUGCCUCCUGUCCUCAAUACGUAACUAAAUCUACACCACAACGAAUCGAGCUGGUUAAAAGGAAAAAGCUGUGUUAUAAUUGCCUCGGAACACAUAAAAUCUCUGCUUGCCGUGUUACAAAACGUUGUUUCAAAUGUGGGUCUAAGCACCACACUUCCAUUCAUACAGAUAAAUCUCAGCCCACUACGUCAAAGAAAGAGGAUGCAAAGACAACUGAAUCGGCUGCUACGACUGCUACGGUAGUAAUUGUGACGCCCAAUGAGGAAACCACUACAAUCAGAGCGCUCAUUGAUCAAGGCUCAGAGGUUUCGUUAAUUUCCGAAAGAGUUGUACAACGACUUCAUCUUCCCCGAAGUCAUUCGUCGAUUCCAUUAAUUGGAAUCGGAGCUCAAAAUUCCUACCGAACUAAAGGAAUAGUUCGCUUAACAUUGAGAGCUCAUUUCGACAAUUCACAUGAAUUCUCGUGUCAAGCGCACGUCUUACGAAAAUUAACAACUUCCAUUCCAUCGGGAAAAAUUGAGUCACCUUCAUGGCCGCACUUAGAAGGAUUGCAGUUGGCAGAUCCAGAGUUUCUGUCGCCGCGAGCCGUCGAUAUAAUUCUUGGAGCUGACAUAUAUGGACACAUAAUUCAACGUAAAAUCAAAAAAGGGCCUCCCAACACACCCAUUGCUCAAUUAACCAAACUUGGCUGGAUUAUUUCCGGACCAACGAGUUUAAAUAGAGCUACCACUAGCGGAUACAGCUAUCACGUGUCAGUCAACGAAGACUUAUAUAAUCUUCUUCAUCGCUUCUGGCAAUUAGAGGAAAUUCCGUCUCUCAACACGUCAUCUUUGUCAGUGGAUGAACAGGAAUGCGAAACCCAUUUCCAAUCGACCUGUACGCGCGACUCUCAUGGACGAUACGUGGUAAGAUUGCCAUUCAAACAAUCCAGUACUCAAUUAGGAGAAUCUCGAUCUAAAGCUUUUCGUAUAAUGAAUCAUUUGUCGCGAAAAUUUACAACUAAUUCAAAUUAUGCGCAAGCAUACUUCGAAUUUAUUUCCGAGUAUGAACGAUUACAACAUAUGCAGUUAGUUCCCGAGUCCCAACAAGAACCUUGUCAUGCCUACUAA